GUUCAGUCUUCUCCGUAUUCUCACCAGAUUUACUCACAACAUCAUGGCGGCCCAAGGCACCGCUGCGGCAUCGGCGUCGGACAAGGACUGGGUUAAGCUAGUCAGUACAGACGGUUAUACCUUCCUGAUUCCUCGGAAAGUCGCUAUGAAUAGCGGUACAUUGAAGAAUAUGUUGAGUGAAGAAAGUAACUUCGCUGAGGCCGCCACAAACACUUGUAUGAUCGAAGAGCGUGGCAUUAUUGUCGAGAAGCUGUGUGAAUACUUGUCGUACAAGACCCUCUACCAGGACUCUCCGCCGAAGGAGAUCCCCGACUUCCAGGAACGCCUGCAGCCUGAGAUUGCUCUCGACUUGCUGAUGGCUGCAGAUUACUACGAAGCAUGACUCAAUCGCACUGCAGUGCGAUGACCACAGAUCAGUCUGGCAGGUAGUUGAACAUUAGACGAGACCACACAAUUUGAGUGACACUUGGUUGUACAGUCGUAUUGCUGGUAACCGCGCGGUACCGCGGCCAACCUGGCCAAUGAAGACCUCGACGCCAAGUUGAGCAACUCUGGAUCACCCAUACUUACCUGUAUUAUGAAUACGUGCGAAGGAGCUAGGCUCUAGGUCGGCUACAACCUGUACUGGAAAGUGAUAAAUUAACGGGCAGUGCAGUGCUACAGUGGACAUAUACCAA